AUGCCCCGUUACCUGACCCAUUGCCAGCGAUGCGGAGCUCACUUGUCCAGUGAUGCUUGGGUGCAUCGAGUCAACCGACUUCCAUUCCAUCUGACCUGCUUCACCUGUUUCGAGUGUGGCCGUCAAAUGGGUCAAGGUGACCGAUGCCAUCUCGUGUUGGGCGGACGUCGGCUCGUCUGUUCACAGCAUCGACUAGUGGCUGAGUCUUUUGCGCCAAACUCUGCAACCUCCGACAGGCGGACUAAAGCCAUGACAAUAACACGGAACCCUUCAAUGCCUGCCUAUUCACAGGACUUGGGUUGGCCCCUCGCGUCAAGACACCGGUUGCCAGGCUCAUUCAAUUCGGGUCCGAAGAACCCGGCAGAACAGUCGCUCCACUUCGACGAAUCCUGGCAGCAAAAGAACAAAUGGCUGAUUCAGGCGUUCGGUGGAGGCAGGAAAGCACCUAAUCGAGAUGGAGCCGGAGAAGACUCGGAAUGGGCGUGCGAAAUCAUGCCUACUUCUGGUAACAUUAUCAACUCAAGCUUGCCAUUGUAUCUACAGGCCUACUGA